UAGCUACAAGUAGUGCAGUGGGCCUUUAAACUUCCUUCCUGCAUACCACGUUACGAACUUCGUUUCUCGUCCAGUCAGGUACGAUUCGUACAUAGCCUUUCUGGGAAGAACAUCUAUGUACGACGGCAUUGAUCUCCGAGACGCAGAGUCAGAGGCUCUCUAUCUGUCCGGCAUCAUGCAGUGCGUGGCGAUAGAUGUCAACAAAGGAACGCCCGCCCCUAUCGACUCCGAGAUCAUCAAGAAGUAUGUCGACAAGACAACCAUGAAUACACCACCGCAGAGACAUCAGUUCUUACCCUUGCAGCCUGACAAUGGUGAUGUCUUCAGGUGGAAGACUACAGUGCAGUGGAGGGAUGUUGAUUACAAUAGACACGUUAACCAAACAUCAUAUCUGCGAUUCAUGUAUGAUGCAGGGAGUUCUGCAGCUGUGGCCGGGUUUCUCAGGUCGUUUCAUCAUGAGCUAAUUCACUACAAAUUGAAGACCUACACUAUGGAAUACAUGCAGGAGAUACGUCAGGGAAAAGAAUUUGAAGUUGUGUGCUGGGAAAUGGAUGAUAACCCAGGUACAAUUCAUUUCGAAGUCCUGGUUGGAGACCGCACUUUCAGUAGAAGCCAUCUGAUUUCCGAUGCACAGCCAAUUGCAAACUUAAGGACCAAACAUAUAAAUACUUUGGAUGAUCUGAUCUGCGUCCUUUAUGUAGCGCACAGAAGAGAAGAUAUUAACUGGGGAAGGGGUGAAAAAUAGAAGGCAUACAAAGAUAGAGAGUAUGGAUGUGUGUCCGUUUCAGUUUAAAAUACGGGCGUUUUCCUACUCUAAAAAGAACGAUCUUUAAUUAACAAGAGUAUAACAAAGCCUUGGAUAACAGGGGCUCUUUUAAAAUCUAUGGAGAAAAACAAUAUAUUUUAUAAACGAUUUCGUGUUAAGCCAACGUGUGUAAUUGAAGCAAUAUUUAAGAAAUAUCGUAAUAAAUUAAAUACGCUUCUACGUUUUGCUAAAAGAAAAUAUGUCAAUGAAAAAUUUGACAAAUUCAAAGGAAAUUUAAAGAAAACGUGGCAAUUUUUAAAGAAAUUCUAGGUAGAAACAAAACAUCAAAAGCCAAUGGAAUUAUUCACCUAGAUAUUAACGGUAGAAGAUCCGUUUGA